AUGUCAUAUACCUCCAACUCCUCAAAGCAUCAAGCCGAAUUAACUGUAAAUAGGCUCUUUUCAGAUAUACUACAUACACAACCGAAAACCCAGAAAAAGUCCAAGAGGGAUCAACCUUUAUCCACAACUCAAAUACUAACGAACCAACUCAACUCUCAAAAUCACAAGAUAUCGAAAACUAAGAGCAGCACACAGAAGAAAAAGCAGAAGAAGAAAGAGCUUGAGGAUAAAAAGUUUCAAAAAUUUGUGAAGUAUAAUAUAAUCAUUAACAAGACACCUGAAGAAUUAACUGGUGAAGAUAAAUCGUAUUUAAAGAAAUUAACAAAAAAAAACAUAAAUUUAUUGAAUAGUUAUAAAAUUGAUGAUUUCGAAAUUGAAACAGAAAUGGAAAAUGUUAAAUCUGAUUUGCUACAAGAUUUAACUCCAAAAAGUGGGAAAAGAUUAAGGAAAAAGAACUUAAAUCUUACAACGAACAACAAUCGUGAGAAGUUCAUUAAUUUUGAUGAAAAGGUGAAGAAAGGACUAAUCUCAAUGCCCGGUUUGACUCCUGGAUUAGCUCCAGUAGAUUAUGACGAUGAAGAUGAAUCUGAUUAA